AUGGGGUUGGCUGCCGCAAGGACGAAGCAGAGGUUUGGGUUGGAUCCAAGAAACACGGCGUGGUCUAAUGACACUUCGAGGUUUGGACACAGACAAUUGGAACGGUUUGGUUGGAAACCAGGUAUGGGGCUCGGAAUGAACCCGCUCCACUCGAACAAGUCUCACAUUAAAGUCAGUAUCAAGGACGAUAACGUUGGGCUGGGGGCCAAGAUUGCAAGGUCAAAGGAUAGAAAGGAUGAGUUUGAUAAUGGAGAAUGUCUUGGGUUGGACGUGUUCCAAAGGAUUUUGGGGAAAUUGAAUGGGAAGGAAGUUGAGAUAAACUCAGCGUUGGAGUUGCAAAGGAAGGAUAGGAUACUGAACGGUAAAUGGGGGGUUCAUUUCGUCAAGGGAGCCGUCUUGGCAAGCACUUGGGACCCGGAGACAAAACAAUUGAAAAGUUACUCAAACGGAGGGGAAAAGAGAAGUCGUGGUGACAAUGGGGAUUCAGAUCACUCUAAGAGCAAAAAAAAGAGGAAAAUAAAGAAGCCAAAGAGCGAGGAAAAAUCAAAGAAGCGUAAAGAGGAGAAAAGAUUGAAGAAGCACAAAAAAGAAAAGAAAGCAGAGAAACACAAAGACAAGAAGAAACACAGGGACAAAUCGCACCAUGUAGCGAAAAGUAACUCUGAAGUCGCACAGGUGUCCACAAGGCUUUCCAUUCGUGCUAAAUGGAUCAAACAGAAGAGAGCCGCCGUCAUGGAUUCAAAGGCGUUGAAUGAAAUAUUCAUGGUUACAAACAGUUGA